AUGACGGAGACCACUGACCUGCUUCCUUCUUCACCUACCGCGCGUGACGCCGUACCGGACCACGUUCCGGCGGUGACCGAGCCAGAAAAGCCUCAAACAGGGGAUCAAAGUGCCAAAAUUGUGAUCCUCUCAGUCAACGACGUGUACGACAUGGUCCCCAAUGAGCACGGUCAUGGCGGUAUUGCAGAAUUCGCAACACUUCUAGAACGACAGAAGGCUGCGCUACCAGACGACGUGACACUGCUGGUCACGCUUAACGGCGACUUUCUCUCCGGUUCGGAAAUCGCCGAACGCUUCAAAGGUGCGCACAUGAUCGAAUUAAUGAAUCACUUGGGUAUCGAGUACGUCGUAUUGGGCAACCACGAGUUCGACUUUGGGGCCGACGAACUCAAAGCUCGAAUGCGCGAGUCGACAGCGAAAUGGUUUGGAUCCAACGUACGAAACGCAGCAUCCGGGGCAUUGUUCGACGAUGUUGUGGAUACGGAGAUGAUUACAUUAAAAGAUGGACUAAAGCUCGGCGUCUUUGGCGUCUGCACGGAGGAGACCCCGACGCUGUCGUUCCCCGGCUCCAGCGUCAAGUUCGAGGAUGUAUUUGCAACAUCUCGACGCUGCGUUGAGCAACUCAAUUCUCAAGGCGCAGAUUUCAUCCUGGCACUUACGCAUCUGUCCAUUUCGCAGGACAAGAAACUUGCGCGUCAAGUCCCUGGCAUCGAUUUGGUACUUGGCGGCCACGAUCAUGAGCCGUUCACAAUGUAUGAAGGCAAAACGUUUAUCCACAAGUCCGGACAGAACGCGUUUUGGCUGGCUAAACUUGAGUUUGAGUUGAAACGCUCAGCUGAUCACCCAGAGCGUGGAUUGAUUGUGUUGCCACAGUGGAGCAUGAUUGCCAAUGCGUAUUUGCCACCACAACGAGCAUGCCAACAAAUUCUCUACAAGUACAUGCAACAAAUGGCAAGUGAAGACGAUCCGGAGAAGAAUGAGCGAGUGUUGGCUACACUGGCGACCACGUUAACCACUCGGACUGCCAUGUUGCGGGCAGGGGAAAGCAACGGAGGCAACUUAGUGGCAGAUGCGCUGAGAAGUGAACUAGCAGCUGAUGUGGGUUUUAUCAAUGGGGGUUUUAUUCGAGGAGACAAGGAAUAUCCCGCAAAAUCCAGUAUCACUGUGGGUAUUUUAAAACACGAGAUGCCGUUCCCACGACCUGCAGUUCUAGUCCGAAUCAACGCCAGCGACCUACGCGAUGCAUUCAUCCAACAUAUGUACAAAUAUCCGCAACAGAGCGGCUCACAUCCGCAUGUGUCGGGGCUAAAGUUGACCAUCGACAUGAAGGCAACUCCGCCAGUCGUCACUAAGAUGCUACACGAGAACGGCGAGCCUGUGGACUUGGACACGGAGGUCCUCGUAGCCACGUCCAAGUUUGUUGCUGGCGGUGGUGACGGCUGCUCGUCCUGGCUAAAGGGCGAGAUUUUGAGGGAGGCAUCAAAGAUCCCAGAGGUUGUAGCCGACUUCAUGAUGAAGAAGCGGCUGCUAGCAUACCCAGAGCAUGAAGGACGAAUCACGAUCAUCGAGUAA